CUUAAUAACACCAGCAAUCUAAUUGCAUAAAUUUUUAAAAGUUUUCACAAGUUAUUGUCCUAAAUAGGAGAUUCUGUUUAUUAUUUUUGUAUAUGUGCCUGAUUUUCCAUUAAUGCUGAACUAACUUGCUUUCAUUCAUAUCGCAGCCCUGAAGCGUUGCAUUUUGUGAUAAUCGUUGUCUGAACAGUAAACAAAUGAAAGCCCCUCCAAUAAUGCAGUUUUUUGAUUAAUAUAACAUUUUGCAGUUGGUUACGAAUUGUAUUUUGUUUUUAUUCAACUUUGUCAACUUUUGCAAAAGUGAUUUUAAGCGACUUGGAAGAAUUGCCUGUGCUGCCAUCGAUAUUUUGCCAUCUCCAUUAAGAAUGCAGAACGUGAAAUUACAAGAGGAAAUCAAAUCAUUGAAGGGCCUUGGCCAGCACUUCGAAAAUCUAUUGAAACUGGCGAGCAUCGAGCUAGGCGAUUUCUCCGACGACGACCUAAUACUUCUUGAAAAAUGCGCCCAAUACUAUGCCCUUACCCAUAUUCACGAUAUUAAUAUUAACCUUCUGCGCGACUUUUACUACGCCACAAAAAAAGACUGUCUGGAAACCAAACGGACCAAGGCACAGCAACGUUUAGAGCUGCAACGCAUCAAGUCUUCCAUCAAGAAGGCGGCUGGGGACGUGGCCGUGUUGGAGCGUUUUAACGCUGCUGCUAAGGAGCGACUGAUCCCGGACACCGUCGUCUUGCAACGAAACAGCCAACAACUUGCCAGCAAACAGGCCUUGCUAGACCGACAAAAAACUCUCAAGAUUCCAAAGGACUUCAACAUAGAAAGCAUUAUCGCGAAGGUGGAUUCGCUUGAGCGGCGUUAGUAAAUUACUUUGAGUUGGUUUUUUAAAAAAUUAUUUAAUUGUAUUUACUCAGUAAUGCAAAAAACAUUUUACAAUAACAUAAAAUCUGCAAAUUUAAAAGACAA